AUGAUCAAGAAGAUAUUGAAAACAAAGAAACUGAUAGAUAUCAAGUUUGAUGUUUCUCUGCCGCUCCUUCGAAAGGUUGACAAGAUUUUACAGAGAGAUAUCAUCUUGAAGAUAAGUCAUUAUUCUUUGAUUCUUGAAGUGCUACAUACAUGUAACCGAGGCAAUGAGAAAUUUCACUCUGAACGUGGAACGAGGCUAAAGAAACUACCGAGCAAAAGUAGGUCCAAGCUACAUCUUCCAGUGAAAGCAAAUGAAGGGUUUUCAUCACUGACGGAUUAUCAAACCGGUACUCAAAAUCUCACCUUUAAAAUCAGAGAUCACUUCUCAGAGGUGAUUGGAAAGGUGACUGAAUAUCUGGGACAAAGUGAUGACCAAAGUAAGCCAGAAAUCUGGGCGUCGUAUGAAGCCCUGUUCUUCUCUUCAACAAUACCAGAUAUUGAAAAGUUUUAUGUGCUUGCGUAUGAUGGUGAAGCCAAGCUACUGCAGAUGCUCCUUCCUACGGCCGAUCCGAGGAACAUGAAACUGAGAGGUGAAUGGGUCAUUGAUAUCCUUGAUCCUGCAAAGACCUCUAUACCAGGAACUGCGGAAAAGGGUACUCAAACCGAUCCAACAUCUUCUGAUGAAGACGAUUCCGGUGUAUCAGGUAAAGACUGGACCUCGAUACCAAGGCAUGGAUUCAAUAGGCAGAGUUUCUACGGACAGAUAAAGUCAGGGAAAGAUCUGGAUACAGACUUGUCGAAAUACGAUCAAGAUGGACGCGGAAACCAGGUAUCCAAGAGGGGUACAGGUGUGGAAACUGUAGCGGAACAUCAACUUGACUGUGCAGGUAGUGCCUCACAUGUAUCCCUGGCUUCGAAUCUGGUUGAGGAGAUGGAAAACCUCUAUCCAUUCCUGCGUGAUGUGACUCUUGGUUCUGUGGGUCUAAGCAAUCUUCCUGCCAUUACUCCAAAACCCCAUAUUGACCAACCCGUACAGAAGUCCAGAGCCAAGUCUGGGAAAGGGCGUCCCUCUCCUAGCUCCAAGUCUCAGAAGAAAUACAGUAAGAUUGUCCCACAAGGACCCAUGAGUUUUGAAGACAUGUUCAGCCGGGCAUACGGGUGUUUAAGGAUGGUCUUGCAAGAAAGGUUUCCUUUGGUAAAGCUCCGAUGGUUGGUCAUGUGUCUUCAGGCUCUUUCUGACUCGGUCAAAGAACAGGUCUCACGUAAAUUGUUUGGCGAAAGCCGUUCAAUUGGCACAGACGAUCUGCUACCAUCCCUCAUAUUCUUCCUCAUAAAGGGAGACCCAGGACAGGUUACAGCCCUAUACCCACAGCUCAAGUUCCUCGAAGACUAUCUCCCUGACAUUGUUGCAAGUGGCAUCAUCGGUUUCACUGUAGCUCAAUUCAGCACAGCAUUUGCGUUCAUUAUUCAGACAGAUGAUGGCGACUCCUAAACAUGAUAUUUUAUAAAUGUAUUGAUUGGAUUUACUACAUAUACAGUCAAGUAGUAAAUGGAGACGGGGCAGAUUGUUUUUACACUCAUACAUGUUGUCUGAAUGAAAAUUAAUCUUUACUGGAAAUCAGUUGUUAGUUAUGGCAGAUUACGUUAUUCAUGAUAUCGAAAGGGAGGUGUGCUGUCCGGAGGCCCAUUUAUAAGCAUGAAAGUCGUCAGUGGAGUAAUAAAUGGUUUGGAUACUUAGAUGUUUUAUAAAAUAGAAUGUUGAUAUUAGUUUUGCGGUGAUCUAAUAUUAUAGUCUAAUGAAAUAGGAAUGAAUGGAGGAGUUCUGCAAAAUGUUUCUUCAUGUAACUAAUUUUGGGGUACGGAUGCUGCAAAUUCGCAACAUCGUAACAUCGUAUAUUGAUGAAAAUGUGCAUGUUGAGACAUUUUUAACAGCGGUUUUUAAGGUCCAUCCAAGCUGAUGGAUAAUAAUGUAGAGUUGACAGCUUGUUUGUAUAUCGUGUACUGGAUCCUGUUUCAUGUAAAGUCUUCUUAUUUGCACCAUAUACCUAGUUUCUAUUACAAGUAUACUAUACGCGAAUCAAAAUGAAUGAUUUCAGUAGUGUUAAAUUGUUAUGGUAACACGUCUUAUGAAACGACAACCUGAUGACCAAGAUGCAAAGUGAUCUUAAUCUGGUCUUUUGAAUAUGUAGGCCUACCAAUAUGUGUCAGUAAAUAGAAAGAUAAAUAACUGAACAUAUAAAGAGAUUUAGUUUGGCCUAUUUCCUGAAAAAAAUGAACAAAACAGCUGACUAUUUAUAUUUCUUUUAUGUUUUAUUAUGAUUAGGCCUAAUAUAAAACAAUGCACAAAUGUAAAGAUUUUGAUCAGGAGCUGCGAAACUGCCUUUAAAGGUUAUCGGUGUGUGUGUGUUCAUUAAUGCAAUGGGCCAAGCAUUUUGAAGGAAACAGAACAUAUGGCAUUUC